UAGACGUGAAAAUAAAAAAAUUAGUAGAAUAUUUUAAAUUUAAAUUAAACACAUGAGAAAAUAAAUUUAAAUACAAAAAAAAAAUAAAUUAAAUAAUUAUCAGACAAAAAAAAUAAUAAAUCAAUAAAAUUAAUCCAGUGAUCAAGAUGAUGUGGAAAAUAUCAGUAUUUUUAUCAGUUACCGUGUUUGCUUUUGCAAGUGCUGCUGUCUCAGAUAAUCCGGAAUACAUUUUACAAUGCAGUCGAUCAGAUCCGCAACUGAUACAAUGUCUAACGAAGGCGUUGCAUCAUCUGAGGCCGUACCUGUCAAAUGGAAUUAAAGAAAUUGAGUUGCCCUCUGUUGAACCCUUUAUAAUGGACUCAUUAAGUUUGCAAUUGACGGGGGGACCUCAAGGUUAUCGUAUCAACUUGAAAAACUUGGAGGUGCUAGGUGCGAGUAAUUUUACCGUCAAGAAAAUCAAAUUGAGUGAAAACGACGAGCCCUUUGAAGCCCGAAUCUACAUCCCACGAUUGACGAUUCAAGCCAAAUACACCAGCAGUGGCGUGCUCAUUAUCAUUCCCGCAUCCGGUGGUGGAGAAUUCCAUGCUGUUUUCGAUGGCGUGCACGCUGACUUAAGUGGCAAGGUCUCGACCGAGAAACGCAAUGGCGAAACGUACAUGCAUGUCGACAAAUUAGAGAUGGUUUUGGAUGUGAAGAAGCCAAAAAUGAGCGUUGCCAAGAUUUUCAACAAUAACCGUAUUUUAAAUCAAGCAACAAAUCUCUUCCUCAAAGAAAACGGACACGAAAUUCUUAAAGCUAUGCAACCGCAAUUGCACAAAAAACUUGCUUCGGAAUUCGCUAAAAUAGGAAAUCAAUUGUUGAAGCACGUGCCCAUCGAGAAAUUCUUGACUGAUUAAAUGAAACAAAAUGGGUGUUUGAUUGUUGAUUUUAGUUUAGUUUGUAGGAUUUUUUUUUAUAAUAGGAAAGAUUUUUAUUUAGAGUUAUUUUUUGGUUAAGUAAAUAAAAAAAU